AUGCCCUCGCAAACUUUGAAGGCCAUUGUUGCGAGUUUUCCGCCCCCCAAGGAAGGCCUCGAAGGCCCAAAUUCCAUCCCGGAGCCAGCAGUUGUACAUCAGCUGGCUGCGAGUUGGGGGAGCUUGGGCCACCCCGUGCUUUGCCACCGCCCAUGCGUGUAUAUACUCAAGGGAAGCAAGUGUCGGCAAGGUGCUUCGUGUCAGUUCUGCCACCACAGCCAGCACUCUCCCGUUCCGAAGUUGGACCAGGAACAGAGGGCUCGAGUGCAAGGUUUGAGCGACGAGGACUUGGUUUCCUUGUUGAUCCCACACAUCCGGGAGCAGGCGCUGGCGGCUGGGCUACUAGAGCAGGUCGAAGACUUCGUCCACGUUCUCGACAAGAAGUUGUGUCCAGACGUGGAGCACAACAAUGACAAUAUCCGAAUGAAGAUACCUCGAAAAGAGCUGUACCGGCUGAAGAAGACCUUGCGUGGUAUGAACCUGACGGCAUUGAUGAAGCUGUUGCCGAGAGGGGAUUUGGCCGAACACUUCCAGAAGUUGCGGCUCUCAGCUGCAGGGUCAGUGAAGUUCGAGCUCUGA